GGGCGACAGAGAAGACCUAACUAGGGACCGUUCAGCUGCCCAAAGCACCCGCUGCGGUGGACCUGGCCGGCGCCCUGGACCUCUCGCUUUUCUCAUCCGCUCCCCGCGCCUGCACAGCCAGGUAAUGAAGCCGCUCGGAGAGUGACCCUGGUUCUGUUAGGCGGACACACAAACCCGGAAAAGCGCGCGGCACACCUCAGAGUUAGAUCCCGCUGGACCCUGGACCCCGGGCUGGCGCGGCCGGCAUGUCGGAUGCGCGGAAGGGGCCGGACGAGGCGGACGAUAGCCAGUGUGACUCCGGCAUAGAGUCGCUGCGCUCUCUGCGCUCCCUGCCUGAACCUACUGCGGCCCCAAGCUCCGGAUCAUCGCAAAGCGGCUGCCCACAGCCUUGGAGCCAUGCUCCGGGGACCCACAAGGAACCAGAGAAAGAAGAUGUGGAUGGAGAGCGAGCGGACUCCACCUAUGCCUCCUCCUCUCUCACUGAGUCUUUCCCCUUACUGGAGAAACCCGAAGCCAAGGAUCCAAGCCCUCCCGCCCCAGGAUCGCUGCUGCCCCCCGCGGGGGUGCUGAGCCCUCAACAACUCGAGGCACUCACAUACAUCUCUGAGGAUGGAGACACGCUGCUCCACCUGGCAGUGAUUCACGAAGCCCCGUCAGUGCUAUUCUGUUGCUUGGCUUUCCUGCCCCAGGAAGUCCUGGACAUUCAGAACAACCUUUACCAGACAGCACUGCAUCUGGCCGUUCACCUGGAUCAGCCAGAUGUUGUCCGGGCGCUGGUGCUGAAGGGGGCCAGCCGAAUUCUGCAGGACCAGCACGGUGACACGGCCCUGCAUGUGGCCUGUCGGCGCCAGAAUCUGGCCUGCGCGUGCUGUCUGCUGGAGGAGCAGCCAGAGCCAGGCAGACAGCCUUCUCAUCCCCUGGACCUCCAACUGAAGAACUGGCAAGGUCUGGCCUGUCUCCACAUCGCCACAUUGCAGAGGAACCAACCGCUCAUAGAACUGUUGCUUCAGAAUGGAGCCGACAUUGAUGUACAGGAGGGCACGAGUGGAAAGACUGCCCUGCACCUGGCUGUGGAAACCCAGGAGCGCAGCCUGGUGCAGUUUCUGCUCCAGGCCGGUGCCCGGGUAGAUGCCCGCAUGCUUAACGGGUGCACACCUUUGCACCUGGCAGCUGGCCGGGGCCUCAAUAGCAUCUCAUCCACUCUGUGUGAGGCCGGUGCUGACUCUCUGCUGCUGAAUGUAGAAGAUGAGACACCCCAGGACCUGGCUGAGGACCUCCUUUCUUAUUUGCCCUUUGAUGACCUGAAAAUCUCCGGCAAACCACUGCUAUGUACUGACUGAAGCUCGGAUGGGUCCCCACCGCUUCCCACCUGGAAGCUGGAUCCGCAGCUGCUGCAGUUGGGACCCAAGCAAUAUCGCCCGUCUGUUGAUGCUGGUCCUGGGGCUAGCAUAGUCCUAAAAUGAGAUGAAGGAUUGCAGAUGAGGAAGAGCCGAUCUGGAAGGAAGGACUUCCCAGGUGGCCUGGAUGGAGAUUCUUGAAAGACCCUCGAAGCCACUGGUAUCCUGAAGGAAGCCUCCUCGCUUCUGUUGAAGAUGGCAUGGGCUGAAAUUGCCAGCUACCAGGAAAAUGGGAAUGAGCAAACUGACCUAAAAUACCUUUGUGAGUGUGUUUGGCACUGGGGUGUGAACCUAGAGCCUCCCCAGCGGUAGGCAAGCUUACUAUCAUGGAGCUGUGUCCCCAGCCCUCUUUUCAUUUUUUAUGUUAUUAUGGGAUCUCAAUGAGUUGCCAGAGAUGGCCUGGAACUCACUCUGUAGCCCAGGCAGUCAUCUUUGAACUGGGAUCUUCCUGUCUCAGCCUCCUGAGUAGCUGGGAUUAUAGGUCUGGUGGCAGCGGGCUACCACAAAGUUAUCUAAAGACUUCAAACAUAAGGCUCCCAACUGAACCUUUGCAGUUAUUCUAAUAUGACACUAAAAUGGAAGAGAGGGGCUUUAAAAACAACAACAACAACAACGUUUCCCUUCUACAGUUGUAUGCAUAGGCAGGCCUGACUCCCGGGUAAAGGCAGAGAGAAGGAAACAAGCCCUGAGCAAGCACAGGGCCUUGCUGGGUAUGGUAGGAGACCUAAGCGGUUCCUGCCAACACAGGCACAUCUUCAUGUGGAAAUGCCCCGGGCUGGAGAGUGAGGAGGAAGAAUAUGGAGACACAGGCGUGUCCCUGGAAAAGCUUGAGGACAUUGAUCACAAGAGAGUUGCAACUUUCCUUUCCCCCCCACCCCCACCCCCCCUUGACUCCACACACUGAGGGCCCUGCUAGGUCACGCACGAAGAAGGAGAAGAAAUAAAUCAACAUAGUUUCCGAUGCUUAGCGCUUAUAUGCACUAAGCAAAUGCAUCCUGUGAGUGAGACAGAUAUUAAAAGCAUAAACAACUAAA